CCCUUGGAUCCGUUCUCAAUCUAAUAUCCCUUGAUUUUCGUGUCAUCAUCUUUCAAAAAGUCUUCUCCCAUAAAAGAAAGUGCUUUUCCAAACCUCUUCUUCCUUCCACCACUUCUCCUACCUAGCUCUAACUCCUCUCCCUCACCCAACAAUUUUCCCACCAAAAUUCUCAACCCUCAAUGUAGCAGAUGUGAAACACACAAGAAAAAAAAACCCUAAACAUAAAAAAAAAAAGUGAUUAAUUUAUUAAGCAAAUGGCUUUUCAUCACGACCAUCUCUCUCAUGAAAUCAAUUUUCAACCAUUCAAUGAAGAGCAACAGUUAAAUCAAAGCAGAGAUAUGCAAAGACUACUACCAUUCACCGGAGCCGGUGCCGGAUCAGCGCCAAAUUGGCUCAACAACGCUGUAAACCUACGGCAGCAGAAUUUCCUCCACUUACAGCCAGAUACAUCACAAAACGAGGACGUAAGAGGUAUCACCCGGGAUCGAAACCGGGCCGAAAGCAACACAGAAUCAUCAGAGGAGUUAUCACAAUAUAAAGCAGACAUAUUAGGACACCCUCUUUACGAUCAGCUUCUAUCUGCUCAUGUUUCGUGUCUGCGAAUUGCUACGCCCGUCGAUCAGCUUCCGCGGAUCGACGCACAGCUUCAGCAGUCGCAGCGCGUGGUGGAUAAGUACUCUUCACUUGCUAAUGCUAAUGGUGUUGUGGAUGAAAAGGAGCUUGAUCAAUUCAUGACGCAUUAUGUUCUCCUGCUCUGUGCUUUUAAAGAACAAUUGCAACAACAUGUCCGUGUUCAUGCCAUGGAAGCUGUUAUGGCUUGUUGGGAGCUGGAGCAGUCUCUACAAAGCUUGACCGGUGUAUCUCCUGGUGAAGGGAGUGGUGCAACAAUGUCGGACGAUGAAGAUGACCAAGCAGAGAGCAAUGCAAACUUAUAUGAAGGAAGCCUUGAUGGUGGUGAUAGUCUCAGCUUUGGUCCUCUUGUUCCUACUGAAAGUGAAAGAUCUUUAAUGGAACGUGUGAGACAGGAGUUGAAGCACGAGCUAAAACAGGGUUACAAGAGUAAGAUUGUGGACAUAAGAGAAGAAAUUCUACGGAAGAGAAGAGCGGGAAAGCUCCCGGGUGACACCACCUCCCUUUUGAAAGCUUGGUGGCAAUCACACUCUAAAUGGCCUUAUCCUACUGAAGAAGACAAGGCUAGGUUGGUCCAGGAAACAGGACUUCAAUUAAAGCAAAUAAAUAACUGGUUCAUUAAUCAAAGAAAAAGGAAUUGGCAUACUAAUCCUUCGUCUUCCACUGGCUCCAAAACCAAACGCAAGAGUAGUGGCGCAGGUGAAACAAGUAACCAGAGUUUCAUAUGAUUCGGCCCCUGUUUUGAACAAGGAAACAAAGAUGGAAAAGAAAAAAUCUAUCCAAAAUUUUCAUUCUAUGCAACAGUAUAUGGUGGGACAUUUGAUAGGGCAAGAACUUAAUUAUAGUGAAAAACAUGAAACUCGUGUUGUGGAAUAUGAAUGUUAAAUCGAAAUUUAUGUUUAUACCAACCAUUGCUAAGAAAUGAUAUGUACUUGGUUAUAUUACAGAGGAAGCUAGUUUUGUUUUUGUUGUGUAUAUUAGGCUAACGGUAUAAUAAGAUCGUAAAAGACAAAUAUUGCAAGUU